AUGUCCUUGCCAGGAAGCAGAAGACCCUCGACGGGAUCCCGAAGCCGUGAGUUUUACGGAAGGAGUGGCUCGCCCUCGCUCUUUAAGUCUGCAACAGCCCCAGCCACUCCGACUGAGAAACAGCCUCUUCUUCCUGCCUCCAGGCGCCCCUCCCCGCCCGUCAGCAUGCGGGACACCUACGGCACCUCUUCGCUCAGCAGCAGCAGCAACUCCGGCUCCUGUAAGGGCAGCGACAGCAGUCCCACGCCAAGGCGCCCCGUCAAGUACCUCCUGUGCAGCGAUAACCAUGGGAUCAAGCCUCCGACUCCUGAGCAAUAUCUCACUCCUCUCCAGCAGAAAGAGGUCUGCAUACGGCACCUGCGGGCCAGGCUGAGAGACACUCACGAGAGGCUGCAGGACAGGGAUGCUGAGAUUGAAGACCUAAAGACCCAGCUCUCAAGGAUGCAGGAAGACUGGAUUGAGGAGGAAUGCCACCGGGUGGAGGCUCAGCUGGCCCUCAAGGAAGCCCGGAAGGAGAUUAAGCAGCUGAAGCAGGUCAUUGACACUGUCAAGAACAACCUGAUCGAGAAGGAUAAAGGGCUCCAGAAGUACUUUGUGGACAUCAACAUUCAGAACAAGAAGCUGGAGACGUUGCUGCAUAGUAUGGAGGUUGCACAGAAUGGGACGGUCAAAGAGGAAGGGCCCACCGAAUCGGCAGGGGGCUCUCCCGCACGCUCGCUCACCCGCAGUUCCACAUACACCAAGUUGAGCGACCAGGGAGCGGCGGACAGGAACAUCGGCGGCUCUCAAACCAUCUCUGGGGAGGAUGGGGCCGAUAGUGGUUUUGUGGCUGCAGAGAACUCCUUGAGUCGGACAGACUUGCUGGACCAGAGCAGCCUCCUGUCCUCGGGGGUGGAGUGUGGCACCGACGAAGCCUCCCUGCAGACCUCCUUCACCCUGGGGUCCCAGAUCCCAACCAGCUCCACUUACGAAAAACUGAUGGGAUCUCAGCUGAGCGUUGAGGCCGCUGUGCAGGCCAGCUGCAUGCAGGAACAAGCCAUUCAGACAGACUUUGGACAUUACCAGCCAGAUCUGGACACCAUCUUGGAGAAAGUCAUGAAGUCUCAAGCAGGCAGCCUGGGCAGUCCCACCUCAGGCUGGCCCUCUGAGAUGGAGGAGGCGGUUGAGCCCAGUAGCUCAGAGACCUGUGUCCCCAACUGCUCGGACCCCACGGACAGGGCGGCUGCCGAACCCUUCUUGGCUGUAGUGGUCAAUGCUGGGGAACCCGCCGAGAAGCCUGACGGCCAGCCAGUCUCCACAAACCCAGCUGUGCAUCAGCCUUCCAGCACGAGCCCGUCCGUGAGCAUCGUCUGUGCCCCUGAGGAAGAGGCGGCCGAGCCGGGCCAGGAAACCGCGGGCCUGGCGGCCCCGGCGGCCUCUUCAGCCGAGCCCAAAACGUACUGGAGCCGUCACUUCAUUGUGGAUCUCUUGGCGGUCGUGGUGCCAGCAGUGCCUACCGUCGCCUGGCUCUGCCGUUCCCAGCGGAGGCAGGGUCAGCCCAUCUACAACAUCAGCUCUCUCCUGCGGGGCUGCUGCACCGUUGCGUUGCACUCCAUGCGCAAGAUCAGCUGCCGGUCGGUCACCAACAUGAGCAGCUCAUGCUCCCAGCCAUGA